AUGUUCCCACCCGCAUUCGCCGGCCCGGUGCGCCGUGUCGCUCGCACGCGGCAGGCACACGACGAGUUUCUCCGUCAGCGACAGCUGAGCGGCGAUGAGCGGCAAAAGCUGAUUCACGUCGCCGACCGGCGCGACUCUCAAGCUCCGCUGCACAUUCUCAAAACGAAGUCCAGCUUCUACAAGUGCCGCGAGAAAAGACGCAACCAGGCCGGACUCAUGGCGGACACUAUCCUUCCCAUCGCGUAUAACGGCGGUCCCGUGAUGAACGGCUCGACGAUCAAUGCUUACCUUAUCUACUACGGCACAUGGCCCGCGAAAUCGGGGCAGAAUAUUAUCGAGAACUUCAUUCCAUCGCUGAGUCUGUCAAGCGCCGACUCGCAGGGUGUGACUGGGGAUCCGAAAGUGGGUCUAUGGUGA